UAUUAUUUUGUAAGAACAAAAACAGAUCACAUAGGCACACAUAUUGAAAUAUGCGUCCAAUUGCAAAAGUUUUAUACCUAUGGAUUGUUUACUGUUUGUCGUAUGCUGAAAUGGAUCAGCGGCGAUUUGUUGCGGAAAUAGACAUUGAGACGAAAAUGAACAACCUAGAAAACGAACUGACUGCGCUUAAAGCGCUAGUUGGUCACACUUACAUCCGAUGGGGAAGAACGAUAUGUCAACCAGUUAACGGUACCGAGCUUUUAUACAGUGGUUAUAUGGUUGGGGACAAGUGGGACCAGUCAGGCGGAGGAUCGAACAACCUCUGUAUCCCGGAAGUCCCAACAUGGGGACAAUACGUCGAUGGGUAUAAUGGUGGGGCUGAAAUAAGAGGCACAGAAAUUGAAUCCGAUGCCACCGUUUCCAACUUGUUGUUCGGAAAAGCUGUGGAUAAUCAUGAUGUCCCUUGCGCUGUUUGCCGAUCUAACAGGGCUUCACAUGUAAUGAUUCCAGGGAGAACUACUUGUUAUCCUGGUUGGACGGAAGAAUAUCGUGGCUAUGUUGUUGCUAGUAAGCCAACUUGGGCCUCAAACAGUGAUUACAUAUGUUUAGACUCAAUGAUGGAAUUCGUCGCGCAUGGUGCAGGAAACGACAAUGAGCAUGUAGUACGGCCUGCAGAAGUUCGAUGUGGAUCGAUUCCAUGCCCACCAUAAGUGGACGGUCGGGAAUUGGCUUGUGUCGUCUGUACAAAGUAAAUGAUCGCCUGCAACACGCCUGAUUUUCCUUGCAUAAUAAAACAAAUUUGUU